AUGACCAGUCUACCUCCCAAACGACGCUUUCAAUGCAUGCUGUGCGAGCUGCUCCCGCCGGAGAGUGCUUUCGAUGGGCGGCCAGAGUACUGCAGCGAGUGCUUCGCACGUCCAGACGUACUGCACUGGCACGAUGUGUUCCUGCUUGUCGACGAAACAGGCAAGCAUCUUGCGGUCAGGCGCAUGCAGGGCCUCGCAGAGCAAACCCACUUUGGUCCGGCAGACUUUCCGAUCGCUGGAGCUUUGCCGUGCGACGCUGUUUGUGGGAUCUGCUGCUGUGAAUACACAGGGGACGACCCAGCAACCUGCGCCCCUGGCUGCAUGUCAGGUCAUGGGGAUGGUGUUGUCGACCCUCGGAUGGGGGUGGUGGACUCAGGAAACUUUUACCAUGCGGACUGUCGCCUAGCUUGGAUGAGAGCUCAAAAAACUGAUACUUACGCGGGCUCAAAGCCGCCUCUCUGCUGCAGAGUCUGCGCAUUUGCGCAGGAGUGUGCAGCAUGGGAGCAGGACUUUGGUCGUGGCAUCUCCGCGAUUGAUGCUUUCUUUUCGAAGCCGACACCCUCGUCUUCAGAUGACUGGAAUGCUUUGCUGCAGUUCCUUGCCGAUGAGUUCCAGCUGAGACUGACUCUCGAGCGGGACACUGGAAUGCUUUGCCGGGCAGAGUUGACGAGGGCAUACCUGGACUCCUUGAAAAAACUUCAUGGCCAGCCUUGGCUUCAGACGAUCAUCGACAGCCUGGGCGGUGCACCAAAAAUCUGUAUCCAGCAAGCGGACGGUGCCGUGUCUUUUUCCGAUGUGUUUCAGAACCUCAGGCUCGCAAGGCCUGAACUUCAGAUCCAGACGCUGCUCACUGAGCUGCUCCUGGCACCCAGGUGGAAUAGCCAAGUCGUGGACUGCCUGAUGUCUGAAUACGUUCGCGAGUACGACGACUUCAGGCACUAUACGAUGAGCCAUUUGCGCAGCUGUGCAGAGCAGGUGGGCAAAGUCAGCCGUGAACCCGGCGGUGAGGUGUCCAAAGAUACAGCCGUGACGGAGAAGGGGGAGGAGGCCGAGCCACCCACCAAGCGCAAGCGCCUGCAUGGGCCCUUUGCAGAAGCCGCCUUUCAGAAAGGGCGCAGCGCAGAGGAGCUCUUCGAGAGGCUGCUGGCCCUCCUGAAACAGGCUCCGGAACCAGAUCCUGUCAAAGCCCAGGACGACGAGGAGGUCACGGGCGAGCUGCUGUUGCCCACCAGCAGGCCUUUGGGCCACUACAGACGCGAGUACAGGAGGCUCUUCCAAGAAGCCUGGCUAAAGCUGCUGGGACUUCGCGUGCCACUUGUCCACUGCAGCGCCUUGCUCCAGCUGCUGCCCACUUCUGUGAUUCCACAUCUGAGUCGGCCGUUGCUGUUGUCUGACUUCUACUUACGAGCUUUCCAUGCAGGCUCCCUGGAGAUUUCCGUUCUAGCGUUGAGCGGCUUGCUCUUGCUGCUCACACGGUAUGGUCUUGGUGAUCCGGAGACCCUCUCUGCGUCUUGUGGUGAGUUCUAUUCCCAGCUCUACAGCCUGCUUCGGCCGGCCACCUUCCGACUGAAGCGCCGUGCGCGGUUCCAGCGGUUGGCAGCAGCUGCUCUUACUAGUGGCCUACUGCCAGGCGGAUUUGCGGCAGCCUUCGCCAAGAAAUGUCUCCGGGUGGCAAUCGCGCUUCCGGAGCCUGGGAGCAUUUUGUGGCUCCUGAGCCUGGCAUACGGCCUCAUCCAGAGGAACCACAGCCACUGCAGCUUCCUUCUGCAUCGGGACGAGAUUGAAGGGAUGUCGAACCUGACGAAGGAUACCUUCGACAGCGAGGCGGACCUCACACAGGCUACCAAGCAGGUGGCUUCCAGUUCCUUGUGGGAGGUUCAGCUGCUCUUCCGUCACCAUUUGCCUGCGGUCUCUACGCUGGCGAAGCUUUUUGAGCGGCCGUUCUUCAAGCCUACAUCACGGAAGCUGGAUCCGGAGAUCUUCUUGGACCAGAGCGUGGCGAAGGCCUACGAGCAAGCCCUGAAGUCCGCAGAUCGACAGGCGGCCAGGCUGAAGGCUCGGGGAACCACGUGUCCAUUGGCCUUCCAAGUGGAGGACGAUCCGCUCGUGCUCCGGGUGUCUGGCUGGGCAGCAGCCUUGUCUACAGGACAGCGCCGGAUCGGUGCUGGUCUCUGA